UGCUUCAACUGUGGUGUCGACACAACACCGCUGUGGAGGCGAGACACUGAGGGCAACGUAAUCUGCAACGCCUGCGGACUGUAUUUCAAACUUCACAACGUCGUGCGGCCCAUCUCAAUGAAGCGCACGGUCAUCAAGAGACGGCGACGG